UUGUCGAACAUGACGCCGUUCUUCCCACUCGAAGCGUCAGUGAAGAUGGUACAGGAGUCCACAAUUGGUUUCAUUUUCUCGGCGAAUGCCUUGACGAGUACCAUACUGAGUCCAAUCGUCGGACAUUUCAUCAUACCCAAACUGGGCCGGAAAUUCGUGUUGUUCAGCGGAGCAUGGAUCACCGGAGGAGCCAUAAUUGCUUUCGGAUUCCUGGAUGAAAUCAUGGAUACUUCUGUGUUCGUGCAAAUGUGCCUCAUCGUCAGAGUCGUUGAGGCCGUGGGUGUGUCCAUGUGCCUCACGGCGGGAUUUUCAUUCCUUGCUCAAAGCUUCAAUGAGGACAUUGGAUUCGUGAUGGGACUUUCCGAAAUGAGCGUCGGGAUCGGAUAUCUCUUCGGUCCUUCCAUCGGCGGUUCGCUCUACGACAUUGGAGGCUACGAAUUGCCAUUUUGGCUGCUGGGAUUCACGCUGCUGGUGUCUAUUCCGCUAAUAAUGUACUUGUUGCGAAAUAUCGACAACAAUGGCGACAAAAGGGUUUCGCGAAGACCGACGGAAGCAGCUGUGGAGAUUGCGUCGCAUGAAGCGAAGCCCUACGAAUUGCCGUCGGGAUUGCAGGGUUCUCAGGGUCGACGGCCACGAGUAUUUCCGUCAUUCCGCUUCUGUUUCUUCGCCUGUUACGUCACCUUCAACGCUGUCACCAUCUCCUUCCUCGAGACGACACUCGAACCUCAUCUUCGACCGCUAGGAAUGAGUCCAGGAAUGGUCGGCUUAUUCUUCGUGGUGUUGUCGAUAUGUUAUCUAGCGUUUGGACUCGUAUCUGCAAGCAUUUCGCGAAGACCGACGGAAGCAGCUGUGGAGAUUGCGUCGCAUGAAGCGAAGCCCUACGAAUUGCCGUCGGGAUUGCGGGGUUCUCAGGGUCGACGACCACGAGUAUUCCCGUCAUUCCGCUUCUGUUUCUUCGCCUGUUACGUCACCUUCAACGCUGUCACCAUCUCCUUCCUCGAGACGACACUCGAACCUCAUCUUCGACCGCGCAAAUACCGAAGCAGGCGCAAAAUAAGAAAGAAAAGAGUCGAUCCUUACUCAGGUCCUUACCAGCCGAAUAAGAAGCACCACAACAGCUAUACAAUAGAUCGCAAACCUGAGCAUGCUGGCUCCAUCAGCGACCGGUUUCAGGAAAGUCAGGGCACUUUCUGCGUGAUUGGGAUGCUUUGCGAGGCUGUGGCUUUCUUGCUUGUCGGUCCCACGCCUCUUCUCGGCUUGGAAAGCUCUGUCAUGUGCCAUUUCAAUUUAUAUCCGAAGAACUUUGGUUAUGCCCCUCGUGUUGGUCAAUUUCUGGGAGGGAAGACACGGGAGACUCACUUCGGGGUUGGCUAUCGUAAAUCGAAGCAAACGACUCCGCAAGAUGAAGACGAUGCUGUGAACAUUGCGAUGUACUCCUCAGUCGCCGGGAUCUGGCAAUCGGCUUAUUCCUUCGGGGAGUUCAUUGGACCAGCUGUUGGAGGAGUCAUGCUGGAGAAUGUGCAAUAUCCUUGGUCCGCCAGCAUCUUUGGGUUGCUCUGCCUUUCUUCUGGAGUUCAUUGGACCAGCUGUUGGAGGAGUCAUGCUGGAGAUACACGUUAUAGGAACCAGGCGGUCGUAGAAACCCAACGAGACGGAAAGAAGACACUCAUAUCAGAACGCCCUGAAGCCAAGUUCUAUGUCAUCUCAAAGGGCAGCAAAGUCAAACUAUACAUAGAAAUAUCUGGAUACAAGAUGUCCUGUCGUCCUCUGUUAUCCGACUUUGGUUGGCUGCAACAAGAAAAGGGGGAAAAAGCCUACGAUUCCCGCGAAGUCCACUUUUUCAAGCUCAAUUAUCCAGACAAGACAGAUAUGAACAACAUAUUUAGCUUCCCCCUCAGAAUUUUCGAAAUCAACCUGGCAUUAAUUCCCAGGGUUGCCUCCAGGUCUUCCAAGGCUGGUCUCGUCGGUGGCGUGGAAGCCGUGCGUCGGUGCAGAAAUAGCCGUCAUCUGCUUUCGCAGCUAGGAAAACUUAUUGCGGGCUGGCAAAAAACCUCUGCAGACCAGCGCCAGUCUGUGGACCACAGGUUGGGUAACACUGCGGCCAAAAUGCUAUCCAGACAAGCUGUCACUCUACAAGUAAUUUCGGUUAUUUCCGCCCUGGAUUCCCCGCUUUGA